AUGCAGCAACCUGUAGUAGACGACCAAGAAAAUCCUAGGGAGGGAGGAGGAUUUUACGGUUUCAGAUCUCACGGAAGGGGAGAAGAAGGAACUGAUGUGUGGGUGAGGAGAGAAGCGGGGGAGGUGAGAGUUAUGGCUGAAGUGAAGUUGGAGAGGAGAUGCAAAUGGAAUAAGGAAGGACAUAUGGCCAAAAUUUGGAAACGCAAGGAGAUAGGGCACAUCAAAACAAACAAUGAGGAAAUGGAAGAUGAGAAGUCACACCAAAGGUGGCAGAGGUGCUUGUCCUGGUUGGAGUAA